AUGGCUGCAGAUCGCCUCUUGGGGGUAGUGGAAGUCGCAGCCGUGCGCUCGGUGGCUGGUUUUACUGAGGCUGAGCUGCUAAGGGGAUUAUGCUCUGCCCAGAUGAAAGCGACUGCCUUAGCAGGAGCCCUGUUGAACAAAGCGGCGGCGGCGAAGGGCGAAGUGAGGAAGGAGAGGGAAAAGUUGGGCGAGCAGAAGAAGCUGGAAGAGGCCCAGAAAGCCUGCACCGUCGCCAACGAACGGUGGGACGAGGCGAUGACUUGUAACGAGGAUCUGCGCGCCCAGUCGAUCAAAGAAAAGGAAGAAGCAGAUCUGAAGAUCGCGGGGUUGGAGAGGGAUCUGGCAGACGAGCGCGCCAGGGCAGCGGCAGAGAAGGCGAGGUUGGAGAAGGAGUUGACCAAGGCAGCCUCUGAAAGGGCAGCAUAUCCUGACUUAUGCGUCGCAGCAGUAGAGCAGUUCAAGGGGUCUGCUGACUUUCAAAUGGCUGUCGAUGCCGCGAUCGCCAACAAUUUGGCGAGAGAGGGGUCUGGGGGGGCUGGCCCGUCGGGGGCGACUGCUGGGAGCAGGAGUGAAGAAGAAGUGAUCUAG